AUGUUUGACAAGUCAAACUUUGUCAAACAUUUCCUACUGAGACCAUUUAAAAGUCUACAGGUAAGGGGAAUUAGGUGGAAUAUAGACACCUCUCGUCGAUAUGCGCACUCUAGAAAGGCAGUUGUACGCUUCACGCUACAUCCAAUGGGAUCUGUCCCUCUCGGAAUAGAGGUUACACGUGCCAUGAGCUUCCCAUUAUUGGCGACACGUAUUCCGCGUUCCUGUGCAUUAUUUUCCUCUUUUUGCCACUCAUUUCGCGCGUUUUCUAGCACGGCAAUCUCCUCCGAAGACAAAAGGAACACCCCUGAGAUCAACUCCGUUGAUGAUAUUCCACCAGAUGCGAACGAGCUGAUCGGUGACCCCCGUUUGCACACAUUCGCUCCUUCAUCGACUGACCUACCCGAAUUUAAAAAACGUAUUUUCCAUCCCUUUCCGUUGGAAAACAUACGUAAUGUGAGCCUUAUUGCACACGUUGACCACGGCAAAACAACGCUGACCGAUGCCCUCUUACACAAGGCCGAGGUGUUGCCGGCGGAUGGGGCCACAGGGACGUUUACCGAUCGCUUGAGGGUGGAGCAGGAGCGCGGUAUUACUGUGAAGGCUCAGACCUGCUCGAUUUUCUUCAAGCGACGACGCGAUCCGUCCGCGAUGUACCCCCUUAAACAUCACAGCGAUGGGAAUAGUGAACGCACGGUAGAUCCAGAGGUUUUUUUAAUCAAUCUUAUUGAUACACCCGGUCACGUCGAUUUUCACUACGAAGUCUCUCGGAGUCUGUGUGCUUCUGAGGGCGUUGCGCUGCUUGUGGAUGUGAAUCAGGGUGUGCAGGCUCAAACAAUGACGCAUUUUCUCACCGCUCUCGAGCAGAACCUCGCGGUGAUUCCAGUCUUAACAAAGAUGGAUCAGGUGAUAAGUAGUGAUGUCGUGGAACGGACCCUCACAAAGCUAGAAGACAGCACUGGAAUUCUGCGCCGCGAAGUGAUUUUCACCAGUGCAAAAAGAAAAAAAGGUCUAGAGGUGCUUUUCCAGAGUAUUAUUGAGCGAGUACCUGCUCCACGCGGUCUGUAUGGAUUAUCGGAUAUCCACCAGCUUCCCCCGAUGUAUCCAGGUGGCGAGGAACAAAGGCUCGCGACGGAGGCCCUCGUACCACUACGAGCCCUCCUCUUCGAUAGCUGGACCGCUCAGAGCAGUGGAAUGAGUCCUAAACGCGUUAAUGUUGGGUUAGGCGAGCCGAACCCUCCACCGACCGGCGCCCCCCCUCCUCCGCGGGAUGCCAUUGUCGAACGAGAAGGCAUCUACUGCCUGGUGCGCGUGAUAGACGGCACCGUCACCCCCGGCACGGUGGUCACGUUCUUUCGUUCGCGUAAGACCUACAAAGUGGCGGAUGUGGGGAUUAUCCACCCCACCCUCCACCCGAUGCCCGCCUUGACGGCCGGGAUGGUGGGCUACCUCUUUUUCCCCGAGCUCCGUAAGGGCGAGGUGCCCAUCGGGGACACCCUUUGCACCCUCCCGACUCGGCGCUACCGACUGGCGGGGCAGCCUACCCCCGACGCCAAAUCCCCCACCGCAGCGGCGGAAACGCCCGACCUCGCGCCGCGGCAGCCCAAAGCCGCGAUCGAACUCGGUGAAUGCGAGGCGCCGUUGGGUUCGACGACAGGGACCGUUAGUGUGCACCCCGUUCCCGGCUUUCGCGCGGUGCAGCCCGCCGUCUUUGCGAGUUUUUUCCCCGAUGAAGGGGUCCUCAUCGCGCCCCUUCGCGAGGCGGUUGAGCUUCUCUGCGUCAACGAGCCCGCUGUGACAAUAACGGUGGUGCACUGCCAGACCCUCGGGACCGGCCUGCAGCUUGGCUUCCUCGGCCUCCUCCACAUGCAGGUUUUUAAGGAGCGCCUGUUUGACGAGUUCGGCCAAACGGUGCUCGUCACACCACCUCAGGUCCAGUACCUCUACGUGAAGCAAGGGGGCGAUCUUGCGGAUGGGCGUCAACGCGCCCCACUUACGGUCGCGAACUGGCGAUGGCCACAUGAAGGGGUCAAGGCGUACUUGGAGCCCGUCGUACACGUCAAGGUCGUUGCCCCUAAGGAUUGCGUCUCGGAGAUCAAUUCCGUGGCGUUAUCGGACUACCGCGCGGAGAAAGAGGACACCCAAACGGUUGACAACACUCGUGUCCUCAUGCGCUACCAAAUGCCUCUUGCCGAGCUUGUGCGGGGAUUUUUUUCUGUGGCGAAUAGUAUCUCAAAGGGCCAUGCUACACUUGAAUAUGAUGAUCCCGUGUACGUUUGCGCAGAUCUUGUAAAGGUGGAUAUUCUCAUUAACAAAGCCAAAAUAUCAGCGCUCUCCUUCAUCUGUCUACAACCCGAAGCCCACUCCCGAGGUCGCCGCAUCAUCAGUGUUCUCAAGGAACACAUUAACCGAUCGUCGACCGAUCUACCACUUCAGGCUGUCAUUGGAAACAAAAUUAUUGCACGAGAAACUAUCAAGGCUUACCGUAAGGAUGUGACUGCCAAAAUUCACGCUGGUGAUAUCACCCGAAAGCAGAAGAAAUGGAAUGAUCAGAAGAAAGGUAAGGAGCGCAUGGCAAGGAGAAGGUUCGGAACGGUAAUGCUCGAACAGAGUGUGUUGACGGCCGCCAUGGGUGUAACAACUGUUUGA